AUGAAAGUAAUUAAGAGACCAAUGGUUGUAGCUUUGUCAACCCUAGCAGUGAUAGGAAUGAUUUCGUUCAUGUCUUUCUCAAACUCUGCCGCAUUGGGUGACGUCGCUCCAGUUACACUUAACAAGUAUUCAGCAGAAAACCAGAACUCGUUUAAAAUACAGAAUGAAGACCAGAAAAUCGUAGAGUCUGAACCGGAAAGUGAACCUGAACCGGGCGUGAUCAGAAGACCAAAGCAUAAGGAUAACAAGCAUUCGUCUUCGUCGUCUUCAGACAACCUGAAGGCCGCGGUAGGUGGUGAGGUUGAAGAUGGGACACCAUCUGUAGGAGAUUUCACAGAAACUCCCUUCAUGCCCAAAAUGGCAAACGAAACAUUAAAAGCUCAACUUGGUAACGCCUCGUGGAGAUUAUUCCAUACUAUCUUGGCAAGGUACCCUGACGUACCCUCUGCGCAAGAACAGCUGACCUUGCAACAGUACAUUCAUUUAUUUGCUCAGGUGUACCCAUGUGGAGAUUGCGCAAGACACUUCCAGAAAUUAUUAGCAAAAUACCCACCACAGACCAAGUCUCGUAAAAAUGCAGCCUUAUGGGGAUGUGACAUACACAACAAGGUGAACGAAAGAUUAAGUAAGCCAGAAUACGACUGUACUAAGAUUCUCGAAGACUACGAUUGUGGGUGUGGAUCUGAUGAAAAGGAAACAGACCAUACCUUAGGAAAUGAAUCCAUGGACCAUUUGAGAAACGUUGAAGUCAACAACGAAGGGAAACAGAGAGGCUAG